UCGGGCAGGCGACCAAUCGCUCCGAGUCUCCUUGCCAUUUCAACUCAGAAAAUGGCUUCCAAGUCGUUGAAGCUUUGUCGCGCUCUCUGCAACAAUACACAACACGGCCGGAAUAUUUUUCUGGCAUUAUCGGCUUCCAGAGCUUCUCAGAGGAUCCAAAGAAGACUUUUUUCUAAUGAUCCUCAACCAGAUUUGGUUGAUCCCCCUUCAACUUCACCGUCGGAGAAACCUCAGUCGCAUGAUACCCGUAGAAAUGAAGGGGGCGCAGGCCGGAGGCCCUUUUCGUCGUCUUUGAAUGAUGUGGAACUGGCCAAGUUUUCCGCCAUUGCUGAAACCUGGUGGGACCCUGUGGGGCCAUUUAAACCAUUGCAUGCGAUGAAUCCCACAAGAGUGUCUUUCAUUCGCUCUGCUCUUUGCCGGCAUUUUAGAAAGGAUCCAUCUUCUGCCAAGCCUUUUGAGGGACUAAGAAUUGUGGAUGUUGGUUGUGGAGGUGGGAUUCUGUCGGAGCCUUUGGCUCGCAUGGGAGCUACUGUAGUGGGCAUCGAUGCUGUGGAGAAGAAUACAAAAAUUGCAAGGCUUCAUGCUGAAUUGGAUCCAGUAACUUCAUCAAUUGAAUACUGUUGUACAACUGCAGAAAAGUUGGUUGAGGAACAAAGAAAGUUUGAUGCUGUGAUUGCUCUAGAGGUAAUUGAACAUGUAGCGGAUCCUGCUGAGUUCUGCAAAUCUUUGGCAGCACUAACUGAUACUAAUGGAGCUACUGUGAUCUCUACAAUUAACCGCUCUAUGAGAUCAUAUGCAACUGCCAUAGUUGCUGCUGAGUAUCUCCUCCAUUGGCUUCCUAGAGGCACACAUCAAUGGUCAAGUUUUCUUACUCCUGAAGAACUAGUGCUGAUCCUACAACGAGCUUCAAUAUCUGUCCAAGAGAUUGCAGGCUUUGUUUACAAUCCUUUGACAGGAAGAUGGGCUCUAUCUGAUGAUCUUAGUGUAAAUUUCAUUGCAUUUGGUACCAAGAACAUGAACAGCCAAUAAACUAGCAUAAAGUGGUUUAUAUUGGGGGCAUCCAGUCCUUAGCUGGAGAAUUAGUUAGAUGAAAACCACUGUUGACCCUUCAGCUCUCUGGAGACGCUCAUAAAGCAGGUUCAACAAGGUCUAACCAGCCAGCUAGAACUCUGUAAAUGUGGUUGAAACAGAUCCAGACUAGAAAUCGAUAUUGAACAUUUGCCUUACUGAGCCUUCCACAUAUACAUAUGCAAAAGAAAGCCCUCUUUCAGGUGUUCACUUGAUUGAAAUUUUAAGUCGGGUAUCCGCUUUACAAGUUAAAUCAAACAAGUUAUGAAAUAGACCCAAGAUCUGCAGCCAAUGCUGUAGGGUUUGAGAACUGUGGGAGCUUUUUUCCUUGGAAUUGAAUUGAAGAAUAUCCAUUAGUUUUUUUUUUCCAAUUCGUAUUCUGAUUA